UCCUAACAACACAACUCUCAGCCCAACUCCUGAUACCAUGGCCUGCUGUUCAACCAGCUUCUGUGGAUUUCCCAUCUGCUCCACCGGUGGGACCUGUGGCUCCAGCUGCUGCCAGCCAAGCUGCUCCCAGACUAGCUGCUGCCAGCCACCCUGUAGCCAGACCAGCUGCUGUCAGCCACCCUGCGUCCAGACCAGCUGCUGCCAGCCAACCUGCGUCCAGACCAGCUGCUGCCAGACCAGUGGCUGUGAGAUUGGCAGUGGCAUUGGCGGUGGCAUUGGCUCUGGCCAGGAGGGUAGCAGUGGAGCUCAGAGCUACCGCAUCAGGUGGUGCCGCCCUGACUGCCGCGUGGAGGGCACCGUCCUGCCACCUUGCUGCGUGGUGAGCUGCACGCCCCCCACCUGCUGCCAGCUGUACCACGCCCAGGCGUCCUGCUGCCGCCCCUCCUACUGUGGGCAGUCCUGCUGCCUGCCAGCCUGCUGCGGUCCGUGCUCUGAGCCCACCUGUUAAAAGCCAGAUGGCUGAUUACUUAAGAAGGAAAGGGGAAGCAGAGCAGAACUGUGUUGAUCUCGGAAGAAAUGCUCCGUUUUAUUUGGAUGCUAAGUGUCAUGAUGUUUCUAAGGUACACAGAAAUGAAGUCUUAGGACCCUCUUGGAGGUUCUGAAUUAGCACACUGAAAAUAUGCAUCAUGGUGAAUGGAUAUCCUGCCUUGCUGGAGCAGGGUACAAGGGUGGAGUAGUUCACUUCAGUGGCAUCUCUGGUUCCCCCUUCCCUCCAACUCUUGAUCCCCACAUAUUUUCAGACCUGCCUUCACCUCGAAUAGCCUUUGUUAAUUUCAAAUAAAAUACUUAAA